AUGGCAAUUAGCGAAUCUUUGUUGGAUGAAAACGAAGAGCUAAAUGGCCAAUAUUCCCUUGGCCUCGUACAAUGUGAAUUAUCUGGUACAAAUCUCUCACCUUCACUAGUUGCAUGUGCUGUUGCUUUAAAAAUCAGUGCUAUUGGUAAUCUUAGUCCUUCAGAAAUGGCCGAAAGAUUAUUUUUGAUAUAUAUCAAAAAAUGA